GCUUGCUUCAUGCUKCCAUCAUGUUUCUCUACCAGCUACUGAACUUUUACUUUGCGGCCGUGAAAAAAGACGAGGACUCGAAAUAUGAGCUGUCUCAAUACAAGCGAGGCGAUUUGUUGGAGGUGCCAAGGACUUUGUUUACACACUUUGGUAUUUAUUUAGGCAACAACCGGGUGGCUCAUCUCAUUCCAGACAUCCUGCCCGCAAUUACCAAGGACAAAGCAGCCAUUGCCAAGAUGGUGACCAAUAACCGCUUACUUGUGGGGGUCAUCGCAAAGGUGGCCAGUGUGAGAGUGGACUCUGUGGCCGAUUUUGCUUAUGGUUCGAAAAUUCUCAUCAACCACAUGGAUAAAGUGUGCAGACAGCCUGCGCUGGAUGGGGAAGAGGUGGCGCGGAGGGCUGAGAAGCUCCUGGGUUCUGUCACCUACAGCUUACUGUGGUACAACUGUGAACACUACGUCAUGUACUGCAGAUAUGGGAUUGCCAUAAGCUACCAGACAUAUCAGUUCUGCACCACCGUAAGGAAGAUUGUGUUCAGCCGGAUGAGUGCCUAUCUGACUGCUGUGUGUGGAGUGAGCGCCAUGUUCUACCUGGACUGCAUGACACCGCUGAUGCUUCUGCUCAAUCUGCUCAAUCUGCUCGUCUCCUUCACAAUCUGGAUGGCAUCAUAACCUAAAACUGUGCUAAAAACAAAGCAGGACAAUUUUUUUCUUCUGCAACAAUUAAAGGCAAUCAAGAAACAGAAAUGUCAUAAGAACUAUAGAGACAACAUCUGUUUUUAUAUUUUGGUUGUUUAGACCAGAGUUUCUCAAACUGGGGUCCCAGGGCCCUCAGG